GAUUUGAAAGGCGAAGAUACCAACGUGGAGGCUUACACAGAUGACAAGCUUAAGAUUAGUGGAAGAGUCGAAUGAAGGUCUCUCCAAAACCAUAACCCUUCUUCAGCUACCGUGUCUUUUACUCGUUAGAUUUUUCAAUCUUCAUAAAGAUUCACUCUCUCUCUCUCUUUGAUUUCGAUUUGACACACACAUACAAUACCAACAACAACAAGAACAAACCUUUUAAGAGAGAGAUGGACGGUGAAGGAGGAGAGAGAGAGAGAAACAUGGGAACGAAGAAGAGAGGGGUGAUAGAAGGAGAGAGAAGAUACAAAGGAAUAAGGAUGAGAAAGUGGGGAAAGUGGGUCGCUGAAAUUAGGGAACCCAAUAAGCGUUCAAGGAUUUGGCUUGGUUCUUAUUCAACCCCUGUCGCCGCCGCACGUGCCUAUGACACCGCCGUUUUCUAUCUCCGGGGACCCUCUGCGCGCCUAAACUUCCCGGAGCUUCUCGCCGGGGAAGGGCACGCCGUUGUUGCUGGAUGUGACAUGUCUGCGGCUUCUAUUAGGAAGAAAGCCACCGAGGUCGGUGCUAGAGUCGAUGCUCUCCAAGCAACCCUUCACCACCAUCACCACCACCACCCACGUGUGGCGCCGCCGCCGGCCCUUCUCUCCGGCGGUGGUGGGAGUUCCGGGGAUUUCGCGGAGCGGGUUGACUUGAAUAAGGUACCCGAACCCGAGAGUUCGGACUGCGAGUGGGACAUGAAUUGAAGAAAAAGGAAACGGUGCUUCUUUUUUCGUUCCGGUGGGUGCUAACAUGCGCCGUGGAGGUUGUGUGACGGCUGAAGCAAAGUGAUCUUGUUGAUGAGGCCUUUGGUGGUGGGGAUUAUUGUACUCUAUCUUUUCCUUCCACUUUUUCUUCGGUAGUUUUUUUUUUUCCUUUUCCUUUCUAAUUUUUAGAUUUUACAAAAGAAAUUUUGGCGUUGUAAAAAUGUUAAAUGUAAAUUAACUAGUCGCUAGCCUUUUUUUCCUCUUAGUUCUCUAUCUCUGGAAUGGUUUUACUUUUACCUUCGAAAUUCUUAGCUUAUGUUCUGUCCUCUUGAAUCUGAUGUUUUUCAAAUUUUUUUGAGAAAAAAAGAACUUUA